GUUUCAAUCACCGGCUGUCGACGGAAGAUGCAGCAGGGCUUAAGCUUCUGUUUGAUUCUUCCCGGUUUCUCUGUUGCUAUGUUAUGAAGCUUCCUUGAUCGAUUCCGUCUGUUCGUCUUCACUUCUGGUUCUCCAUCACCAGUAUGAAGCGUGUCUUCGACGAAAUUUCAGAUGACGAGUGGUCGAAUCACUCCUUUAAGCCCUCUCGUGUCUUCAGCAAGCCGCAGACUCAACCUCCGAUCCCUCCUCCGAUUGAAUCUUUUGCAUACCAACCGCCCUCGCUGUAUAUUUCCGAUGAUAGCGGUGACGAUUGUGUCGUAGUCAUGGAAAGUUCCAAGAAUUUCAAGGAAAGUUUGGAGGAUGACGAUGUGGAGGUUGAGGGAGUGAAGUCCUCCACGGUGAUGAGUCGUGGCCGUCGAUUUGUGGUGGAUGAUGAAGAUGAAGAAAGUGAGAAGGAAUUGACCGAGGUUUGUGAUGUAAGGUCGACGAGUGAGGGAGGAGGAGGAGGAGGAGGAGGAGGAGGACGACAGGGAGAUGAGGAUGAUGUUGUCGGUAUGGCUCUGCGGAAGUGUGCAAAAUUAUCUGCCGAGUUGAAGAGAGAGCUGUACGGCUCUUCCGUCUCUGCUUGCGAACGAUAUUCUGAAGUGGAGUCUUCUUCUGUUAGGAUAGUUACCCAGGAUGAUAUUAAUGCGGCUUGCAAGGCUGAAGAUUCUGAUUUUGAGCCUGUUCUCAAGCCAUAUCAGCUGGUUGGCGUGAACUUUCUUCUUCUUUUGUAUCGUAAGGGAGUUGGUGGAGCUAUACUUGCGGAUGAGAUGGGUUUGGGGAAGACAAUUCAGGCUAUUACAUAUCUUGUAAUGUUGAAAUAUUUGAGCAAUGAUUCGGGGCCUCAUCUAAUUGUAUGCCCUGCAUCUGUUCUGGAGAACUGGGAAAGAGAACUCAAAAAGUGGUGCCCAUCCUUUUCUGUACUCCAGUAUCAUGGGGCUGCCCGGUCGACAUAUGCAAAGAAAUUGAGUUCUCUGGCCAAGUCGGGGUUGCCUCCUCCAUUUAAUGUUCUUCUUGUUUGUUAUUCUCUUUUUGAAAGGCACAGUUCCCAGCAGAAAGAUGAACGUAAAAUUCUGAAACACUGGCAAUGGAGCUGCGUUCUUAUGGAUGAGGCUCAUGCCUUGAAAGAUAGAAACAGUUAUCGGUGGAAAAAUUUAAUGUCUCUUGCACGUAAUGCAAAGCAACGGUUAAUGUUGACAGGGACACCGCUUCAGAAUGAUUUACAUGAGCUGUGGUCACUGUUGGAGUUUAUGAUGCCCAAUCUCUUUGCUGCUGGGGAUGUGGACUUGAAAAAACUGUUAACAGCUGAGAACAAUUCUUUGGUUAACCAUAUGAAAUUCAUUUUGGGUCCGUUUAUUUUGAGGCGGUUAAAAUCUGAUGUUAUGCAGCAACUUGUUCCAAAGAUACAGCAGAUUCAAUUUGUUGCAAUGGAAAAGCAACAAGAAGAUGCCUACAAGGAUGCCAUUGAAGCUUAUCGAAAUGCUUCACGUGCUCGUAUUGAUAGGAAAGCCAAUACUAAUUCAGAUAACAUAUAUGGUGUUCUUCCCCGUCGUCAGAUAUCUAAUUAUUUUGUUCAGUUCCGCAAGAUUGCUAAUCAUCCUUUACUGGUGCGGCACAUUUACAAUGAUGAGGAUGUUGUUCGUUUUGCUAAAAAGUUACAUCCUUUGGGUGCAUUUGGCUUUGAAUGUUCCGUGGAAAGGGUAGUUGAGGAACUUAAAAGUUACAAUGAUUUUUCCAUUCACCGGUUAUUACUUUCGUAUGGCAUCACUGACAGAAAGGGAGUUCUAUCAGACAACAAAGUGCUACUUUCAGCUAAGUGUCGGGAAUUAGCGCAACUACUUCCUUCACUGAAGCAAGGUGGACAUCGAGUUCUUAUUUUCAGUCAAUGGACAUCAAUGCUCGACAUCCUGGAAUGGACAUUGGAUGUGAUUGGGUUAACUUAUAGACGACUUGAUGGAAGCACGCAGGUAGCAGAACGACAGACAAUAGUUGACACUUUCAAUAACGACACUUCGAUAUUUGCAUGUUUGCUUUCUACUAGAGCGGGGGGACAGGGCUUGAACUUAACUGGAGCCGAUACUGUUGUCAUUCACGACAUGGAUUUCAAUCCACAGAUUGACCGUCAAGCAGAAGAUCGUUGUCAUCGAAUUGGCCAAACCAAACCUGUCACUAUAUACAGGUUGGUCACCAAGGGGACAGUGGAUGAAAAUGUCUAUGAGAUAGCAAAAAGGAAGUUAGUCCUUGAUGCUGCAGUUCUGGAAUCAGGUAUCGAGAUGGAUAACGAGCGCGAGUCAUCUGAGAAGACCAUGGGGGAGAUAUUAUCAGCAAUUCUUCUUGGUUAGAGAUUUUGUCACCGACAAUCCUUGCUUCCAUGUAGCCAAAGUCCAGACUCUUAUUCUUAACCGUUCGUGCUUGAUAGUUUAUUAAUGCCUCAUUGGUGCACAUACGAAUAGAGCUAUGAAAGGUGUUAGUUUGUCCAAUAUCAAAUAGAUGUAACAUCACUAAUGGCAACUAGUUUUAGUUUAGGUUAUACACACAUGUAACGUAUUGGAGUUGGUACUUCUAUAGAACCAGAAGUUUCUUUCUGAUAUUGGGCUGACUAUUGGUAUUAUUUUAUUUUAUGUUAUUUACAUUGGAGGGUCA